AUGGCGCCGCCGCUCCACCGCGUCCCCCCACCGUGCCGAGGGCACCAUCGGGUGCGCCUCGACGUUCUCCAUCUCCCGAGUACCUCGAGUCGCCCCGGGGGCUUCCCAAUCGCCACCAAAUUCGCCAUUCCCUCGCUCCGGCCGCCGCAGUUCGUGGACGAUUCCGGCGCCGUCCUCUUCGACGGCGGUCUUCCGGCGACCUCCAUCAAGCGGCGCCGCCUCCACUUCGACCGCGCCGACGAGGCGAGCACGACGCCCAACUCCGCGCUUCCCCGGUGGCGCCCGCAACGUCGGCGCGCGCGACGCCUCGCCGCGGUGACCACCUUCCUGGAGAACGCGCGCGGCAUCCCCCUUGCAAGCAAGGUUCGCCAGCGUGGCAGCCACGUCAGCAUCCGCCGGCCCCAUCUGUCAUCCACAUGGGCUAGCUGCCCCUCCGCAUUUGCUUCUUCCCGGAUAGGAUCGCGAAGUGGUGUUGUGAGAUACGACGAGUUCUCCGACAAGUUCUUCUGCAGCUUUUCACAGGUACGAGAUGACGACGUUAGCAAGGUUACCCUUCCGGCUUGGCUCGGGCAGGGUUAUGGACGCCACUGGUUAUCUUCAGGACUCUUAGUCCAAUUUGUAUCUUGUCCGUACUCGGACGCAUUCGAUCUUUUGUAUGAUUCAGAUCUUUGUAUUGUAUAUUUGUAUCUUGACUCGUUGGAGUCGUUCUUGUAAUAUAUAUGUAUCUUGUGGGCUCUAUUGUAAUCCUGUUGUAAUGUUACCACUCGUGAUAAUUCCUCUGGCAUCACGUGUGUGAUUCGUCGCGCAAGUCGUGUCGGAGGGCGUCUCUGGAUCGAUAUCAUGCGGAUUUCGGCGGGAUCGCUGGAAUCCUCAUGGUACCAAUUCCGGGGCGUC